UUUGUUCGGAUAACAUUGUUGUAUCGGAGCAGUCGCUGCAUAUAGUUUAGAAUGAUGUCUAACCGAGCUGCCACCUAAGUUAUUCUUUCGCCGUAAAUGAUUUGAACCGAGAACGUGUCCCAACACGGAGUGAUAUAUUUGAUGUGCAGUCGCUACAUAUGGAGUAAGGCGAAUUAAGGAGCUAUUGUUGUUAUUACUUUCGCUUUUCACAUAGGGUAGGCAAGCUUUUUUAUUUGGUUAUUUGUCGGUACGUUAUCUUGACUGAAGGAUGAAGAAUUUUAUGUCCCAUAUCCGCUUGUGUGGCAUCUGUGCUUCGGUUUAAUGCAGUGCUUGCAGUAUGGUACAAUACAGCUUAGGUGUCAAAGUUCGCAGUGAUUGAUGAGCUUUUGAUGUGCGAAAUCUACAUACACACGUGCGCGCCCUGCUCGUAUCACGUCUCGGAUAAGAAAUGCAGCAAUUUUUCGACAACGGCUGUCGUGUGCAACAAAUUGCGGUAAUGCAUCAUUUACAGCUAGUGAAAUAUGUCAACGGGAUCCCAGUCCCAGUACCAGUGUGGAGCAUGUGCAGCAGGAGUGCAUUGCAAUAAAAAUUUUAAUAAAGCGGUUUUUUGGCUGCCACCACUAAAAGGAUAUGCCUGGAGAAGGCAUCAAGUGAUUCAUGAUGCGAUAAAUUAUGGAAACAAAAACUAAGAAGAAUUAUAAAUGCAAAACGGGGAUUCAUUGUGUAUUCUUUUUUUUUUGUGUGUUGACGGUGUCUGUUUUCAUAAUAAUUUAUGAACGCGUGUAGCAACGACAUGCAUGUAACGAGAAUGAUAAAAAAUGUAUUGGUAAAAUUUUAAAGCUUCAUGUGAGACAAAAGUGGGUGUGUACAGUCAGUGGUUUAAUGUGUGGUUGAUGAAAUGGCUAUAUUUCUAAACGAAAGCAGCACCUGACAUGGAAAAAAUGGAAUUGCGGAUUGUAGGUGGUAUUUUUGGAUUACUAAUUAUCGUGCCACACAUUGCUGGUGAUGAUUUAGGUCUGCUUUCCAGCACGUUGCGCGCAUUCCGGAGAACCGGUUGUGAAGACGAGCUCAUGAGCUUAUCCUGUCCUAUCGGUACCAGCAUCAGCGUCGAGGUGGUGCAGUACGGGAGAAUAGAAGAAAACUCCUCCUUGCAAUGCUCCUUCACCGAGAGCGGUCGCGAUAGUAACUACUAUCUUGAAUCAACGACGUUGGCAGCGGACAAUCUUUUCCUCCUGGGCAACGUGACAUAUUCGCUAAUGGAAACCGCUCUCAACGAAAGUUCCAUCGUGCUUGAUAAAGGAAACACCAAGUGCACACAGCACUAUGUGCUGCAGUACUCUAUUCUUCAAAUCGUGGUCGAGGCUUGCCAGAAGAAGCGGAAGUGUUCCUUCCGCACGACACCGAAGACCUUCGACAGUGCACCGUGUCCCGGCAUCCACAAACUGGUUGAAGUUAGCCACAUAUGUAGGCCGUUCGAAUUUCGCAGUCUGAUAGCUUGCGAGAAGGAUGUGAUUCGCUUGGCCUGCGGCCGUUACACGAGAAUUGCCAUAUAUAGCGCAAGCUACGGAAGGACAGCCUACGAAAGCUCCCACUGUACACAGACGGUGGGCUCCAAGGAGGAAACCUGCCUGUCGGCCCAUGCUAGCCACACAUUGACAGAAAUUUGCCAAGGGCGGCGAAAGUGUACGGUUGCUGUGGAGGGCUCCACCUUCGGCCAACCGUGUCCCGUCAACAUUCGAGUUUCGCUGAAAGUUGUUUACGCAUGUGUUUCGCGAAAUGUAUUUCGGGAUCGCUAUAUUAGCCCACUGGAGGAUGAUGAAUUGGACCAGCAAUUCGAGCUCAACGAGUUGUACGAUGAUGAAUUCACUCCCGCCCCUAACCAAGAGGAGGAUGCUUCGAGUAGCAGCAUUAAUGGUCAGAUGAGCCAUAAAUUUUCCGAUGAGCUCGAGGCAACGGUAAAAGCUGAGAAUAUUCUCACGCAAAGCAAGAAUGUCUUAUCUCUAUCUUUCCCAUCGUUUAUCGUCUCUCCAUCGCAAACCGUCCAAUCAGCUAAAACGAACAGUCCGAUUGAUAGUCGCCUGCUGGUGACCGUUGUUGCUGUGGUGUUCUUCGGAUGUUGUCUAUUGUUUGGAGCGCUGGUGGCUUACAGGAUGAGAUUCCUCUCGUCUGCGGACCACGUCUGCAUUAAACAUUCGGAAUCGAGCGACCCGCAGCAGUCCGGCGGCACCGGCAAUGCACACAAUGAAGAUUUCGAUCUGGCCGAAUGCGUUGCGGAAACGAUUCCCGUGGCGGUUAAGAUAAAGCAACCGAACCUGGAGCAUCCAUCAACGUCCGCUUCACUCAUGCCAACGUUCAAAGUUUUUAAUAGUCAUCCGGACGCCGUGCCACAGAUUUCCACUACAAUGUUUAUUCUGCCGAAUUAUAUAGUCAGCGAGGGCAAUGGGUUACUGGCUGGUAAAACGAUUCCAUCAACAGGUCAGUCUGGUGCGAAAAAUCAUCUCCUCACCACGGUGGAUGUAACAUCUCCGGUUGCCGGAACCACCGCCGUUGAUCCGUUUCCAUGUACGGCAGCCUCAUGUGUCCAGUGUAAUCUUCUCAACUGGCCAAAAGCUAAUCUGAUGCUGGAGCAAAAGACCGCCUUUCACCACAAUCAAUCAUUCAAGACGCCAGUCAGUGAGCGUCAACUUUGCCAGCAUGCCAAUUCUUUUUUAUGGCUGGGCUUGAAACUGGGGGUGAUGUAAACUUGUAGGGUAAAGCUGUCAAAAAACAUUCUGCUGUCUACUAGGUUUUAUCACCAUAAACACUGAAGAUUAUUAGCAGUAUCGAUUCACUUUAGUUGAGAAGAAGCUGUAACAAAAAAGCAACCAGUUGCACUGAUGCUUCUGCCCUCCAUUCAACAUUAGACUCUAGAUAAGAUAAUCCUCUUGGCAGCUUUACCCAUUCACAAGUGCGCCGGCAAUGAAGCGACAAAGCAAUUAAAACUUUACUAUUGGCAUGCCACACGCCGUAGUCGAACAUGCAAAAAUUCUAUGCUAUUUCUCAGAGCUGGAAUCAAAAGUAUUCCCGAGCUGUACGUGUUCAGAAUCGUGCGUCGUCACCACCGAGAGAGAUAGGAUGAAGAUAGGAAAUUUAAAGCAACCGAACCCAAAGCCAUAGAUAUAUACAUGUAUAUGUUUGAUAAGAAAAAACUCGCUCUAUCAUAUAGAGUAUCUCGUUUCACAUUCUGGAGAGGUGUAUUUCAUGCUACCAGUAUCAAAUAGGAAUGCACAACGGGAACAUUAAACGUGCUAAGAUUAUUUCUCCUUGAGCUUUCCGGAAUAUAAGCAACUUUGAAACACGAUGAAAUAACGCAAAACUUCUCGGUUCAAAAGCAGUAAACACCUCCGGAAUGAAUCUGUCCAACUCGAAAACUGUAAAUAGAAAGUAAGAAAAAAUCGUGCGCUGUACUACUAAGUUAAAGAAUGCAAAAUUGGUAUGCAAUGGUGUUGAUAUAGUUCAAUAAAUUUUUUUUUUAUUUCAAAAC